CCUCGGACCAUCUUGUCCUCGGCUCUCUUCAAAAUAUGGUAAAUUCCAAAGAGAAAAAAAAAAUCGAAAAAGUUAUUAAUAACUACAAAACAUAAUUAGUGGUGAGAAUAAAUCUAUAUAUAAGGUACAAGGGUGAAGGGGUGUGUCUAUAUAUGUUGGAUGAUUAGUUUCUGCCAUGUGCUAUGGAAUCAACCUCUUAUGCUUUAUGUUCUGUUUAGUUCCUACCUUAUACUAAAACUUCAAUUAUUCAUCAAUAAUUCCAUUCCCCCUUCGUAUUUUUAUAUUAUAGUGUUUCAUAUAAAUACUCGUUCUCCCUACUCAUUCCUCCAUAACAUAUUCUCUUCCUCGUUCCAUUUAUAAUCGUCGUAUAACCACAGAUUCUAAAAGAAUGGGCGAAGAAGUAAAACCAGAGGCAAAGGAGGCAGCAUCAGUUCCAGAGGCCGUUCCAGGGCCGGCCAAAGCGGAGGAAGAGGAGAAGAAGAAAGUUGUGGCCGAGGAGAAGAAAGAUGCAGCUGAGGAGGAGAAACCAUCAGAGGAGGAAGAGCCGCAACCACCACCACCGCCUCCACCAUUCAUACUCUACGUCGACUUGCAUUGUGUAGGAUGCGCCAAGAAGAUUGAAAGAUCUAUUCUAAAAAUUAGAGGUGUGGAAGAAGUGGUGAUGGACAUGAAUGAGAACGAAGUGACGAUAAAGGGAGUGUUGGAUCCGCAAGCAGUUUGCAACAAAAUCAAGAAGAAGACUAAAAGAAUGGCCAAAGUCCUCUCUCCACUUCCGGCGGCCGAGGGAGAGCCUCUGCCACCGAUCAUAACGUCUCAGGUCUCCGGAGGCCUCACCACCGUUGAGCUUAACGUCAACAUGCACUGCCAAGCUUGUGCUGACCAGCUCAGGAAGAAGAUUCUCAAAAUGAGAGGGGUACAAACAACUGUGACGGAACAUACCACGGGAAAAGUAAUAGUGACUGGAACAAUGGACGCCGAGAAGCUUGUAGAUUACGUCUACCGUCGAACAAAAAAACAAGCCCGAAUAGUACCCCAACCUGACCCGGAACCGGAAAACCCGGCUGCGGAGGAAGUGAAGAAGGAGGAGGGCGGCGAAGGCGAGGAGAAACCGCCAGAAACGGGAGAGAAGAAGCAAGAAGAGAAGGAGGGAGAGGAGAUGGAGGAGGAAGGUGGCGGAGAAGAUGCGGGUGCGGCCGCUAUGGAGGAGGGAAGACACUAUGAGAUGGCCGCGAUGGCGGAAGAGGAAGGUAUGAAGAGGAUGAUGUAUUAUUAUCAGCCCUCAUACAUCAUCGAAAGGGUUCCUCCGCCGCAGCUUUUUAGCGACGAGAACCCUAAUGCUUGUUGCAUUACUUAAUUAAUUUGGUUUUCGUAUGGUCUGUGGAAAAGUAUAUAAUUUAGGGUCAUAAUUACGUAAGAAACUGAAAAACACAAAAAGUAAGAAAAUAGGUAAAAAAGACGUGUAAACUACUAUAUAUAUAUAUUGUUUUAUAAUGUGUGUUUGGUAUAUACGUGAUCGCAACUGUCACAACGAUCGAUACGGAAUCUAUUCAAAUUCAUGUAAGAAGCAUGUGAUUGAUGGGUGCGUUACGAAUUUGUUUUGUAUAUA